AUGGGAGCUACUCCAUCUCGUGAGGCGACGACCCUUUACUCCUACUUUAGGGGAACGUAUGAAAUCGGCCUUAUUCCUCUCACCAAGGCCUUCUUUGGCCGCCCAGACGAUGAGGAAGGCUGUGGUGCGUCUUCUUCCAUGAAUGCAGCGGCUCAUCGAGCCAGUACAGAGGAGCUGCGACGCCAGUUCGUGCUCAUGCGCAGCGAUCCAGCUAUCCUGUAUGCCAACGCGCGUGAAAAGGUAAUGACUUCGUGGCCAGAGCUUAUGUCCAAUACAUUCACGGAAGAGGAUCUGGACGUCUUCUUGGAUAAGGUCGAGGAGGGCUUAUAUAACAGUGAUGCGGAGAUGGUGGCGGAUAGCCAACGUGCACUUGUUCCCGUUCCGUGUGCACUAUGUCUGGCCUGUAAGGAUGGACAGGAACGCUCUGGCUGUUUCUUGUGGCGCGGGCGCAGUGUUGUGGUUAUUGGAUACUUCGGUUGUCUGAGCGCAGAACUCCGUAGUGUCUUCAAAAUUACAAAGGGCAGGCCACCUGCAACAGCAACAGUAAAUAGCAGCAAUAGCAGUAGUGGUGUCUACGAUCCAUACGUGGAUGCAUGCAGUGUGCCGCUUUUCUUGAAUGCCGCAGUGCUCGCUUCCGCUGGUGACCGAACCCUCGAGCGGGUUCUCGUCCUAGCAGCUGUGAUGCUACGCAAUCAGUACUUGGAUUCCGUCUCUCGUGUUCUUUCAUCGGCUGAGAGGAACCCCUUUGGAACAGAUGGUUUUCUGGGGAUCAAUGACAAUCCAAUGGGUGUGUCAUCCCUGGGCUUUCAUGAGGGUUCCCUAUCAGACUAUAGGAUGUGUCGCAACAACGCAGCCGCCCAUCAAGCCAGGGAGGAGGCGCUUCGCGUUCUGGAGCAGCGACUCCGUCACCUAAACAUUUGUGUGGAGACAGCUGUCGAUAACUAUUCAUCACUAAAGUCUUUGACAGAGAAUGUGGCUUUCUUGCAGUGCCAAACCACCGUGAACCCUAGCUUGUGCGUUUUGGAAAUGCCAAAACUCGUGUUUGAGGGACUGUCGGCUGCAACUGCGGAUGGUAUCAACGUUCACGAGCGAAAGGAUGGUGAACAGGAACGGACUGGAUCAUCAUCUCCACUCACAACAGCCUCCAGCGCAGAGAUAACGGCGCCAGCGACAACACCAAGCACGCAAAAAGGAAUAAUAACAAAAGAUGGAGAACGGAGUGGUAGUGAAACAUAUGACGAAGUUCAUAACCUCUCUAUGCAUGUACUGGACGACGGAUUAGAUGAGAAUGGAGAAACCAAAAGCGAGAAUGCAAUUCUUGCAGAAGGGCGCCAACAACAACAACAAGAGCAGCAGCAGCAAAUACGUACUAAAAAUCUGGCAGGGGACGCAGACGCUCCAGUGGAGUUAGUUCGUCUCCGCUUCUUGCCCAAGUACGUGGCGCAGGCCACCAUUUGGGCCUCUGGGCUACUCACGGCCCCCACCCGACUUGUCGGCGGUGCAUGGGUACAGUACAAACUCAAGGAUGAAAGUGAGGAUCUCCGCCAUACAUUGCAUGGGAAAGAUUCCAUUGUGGCGGCCUGGCGUGAAGAACGUAAAGGCAUAGCCAACAGCUACAUGGGGGAUGAUACCGAGGCGCUGCUUCGUCACGUGAGGGUGCUUCAGGAUGAGGUUGAGCGGGCCCGCGCCCUCCCACUGCAAUCGUGGGCAAAGGAGGAGUUAAUACAAACACGAGAGGGACGUACCUGCGCACUACACCACACACUCUUUGGAACCAUGCUCGUUGGUAUUCGUAGCCGUCGUGAUAGCGAAGAUGCACCGAAACAGGAUCGGAAAAAACAGGCCUCUCGAGAAGGGAACAGUCGUGGAGGCGACAGCGAUGCGUCGCCCUACCGCACACAUGGCCGUGACGCCAGAUCGCGUACGGGGCCUCCGUCUAUUCAAUCCCUUCAAUCCAGGAACACUGUUGCUGGUUCUACAUCGGGAAUGGUAAACUUCGACGCCAUGGCUGCCCUGCACGGCAGGAGAGCAUCAGAAGGUGUACUGCCAGGUACCAUGUGUGGUGCUGCACCUGGUGGGUUUGUGUCGUCUUUUCCCUUCAUGCCACACCUACAGCCGGCUACCGGACUCGCGCCUCAGGCAAAUAUCAUGCCGACGACAGUGAUGCUUCCAUUUUUUCCAGGCGCUGCAGGAGAUGCAUCAAACGCUGAGCGCAAACGUCAGCAAGCAUCGGUAGCGCCUCCAAUGUAUCAACCGCCUCCAACGUUUCAAAUGGCAGCAGCAGCUGAGUCUAUGGUAAGCACCCACAGUAGUGUGAAUUGUGCCUCGUUAAGUGACAGCAAUAUUCUAGGUGUUGCCACUUCCUCUGCGCAGAAUGGCAUGACCUCAACCGCGGCAAUGCAGGCACCACCUUAUCCGUACCCCGUUUACACCCCGGCCGCUCCAGUGGCGGCAGCCCCUCCACCGCCACCACCACCGCCGCCGCCGCUGCCACCGCAGCAGCAGCAACAACAACAACAGCAACAACAACAGCAGCAAUACGUGAUGCUGCAGCAGGGGCCCGGUGGUGUACCUGUUUUCCUGCCAAUUGCAUCNACAACAACAGCAACAACAACAGCAGCAAUACGUGAUGCUGCAGCAGGGGCCCGGUGGUGUACCUGUUUUCCUGCCAAUUGCAUCGGCGCCGCAGCAGGCACCGUUCGUAUCUUCCUGUGGCUAUCCGUUUGGUGCCGCAGGCAAUCCUCCCCUCAUGAUGGCACCGUCGCAGCCACUGGCCGCUGUCCCAUCGUGGAAUUUGCUGCAGCCGGGUGGUGGCGCCGUCGCUGUCAACGGCAGCGGCACGCUUCCCAAUUAUGUCUGCUAUCUCCCCACGCAGGCCGGGAGAAGUGGGCAAAACACAACGGUAUGAUUAUGGUCAUCCGACCAUUGCUAUUUGGUCUCUCGCCUCUACAGUCCUUUCCUCUUUCCUUUUUUUUUU